CCACACAUCAACUCUUCUCUCUCUGCUUUUCGUACGCGGGUCACUGAGAGUCUGAAACAUGGUCAAAACACCGAAGAAGUCUGGUGGGAAAGGAAAGCAGCACAAGACCUUCCUCGAUCACGAUGCAACUCGUGGCCUAGCGGAAUCUAUUGCGGGGAUGAAGGAACAGAAAUCGAAUUCCAAAGUCGCAAGAUUAUCACAGGUCUGUCUCAACCGCUCGAUCGUGCCUACUUCUCAUCCUGGUAUCAGGCUGUACCGUCCCGACGCGAUCCGGCGACACCCAAGCCCAAGUCGGAAUCGAAAAUCAAGCUGAAAGAAGCCAAGGCUAUCCUUGCCGCGAAAAGCUCGAGUUUGAAGAAAGAUCGGAAAAAGCGACGGAAAGAGCUCACAGGCCGUCCUCCUGCCGUGUCUCAGGACUCAUCGAAUAUCACUGCGCAGCCCACGAAAAAACGUGUUUCGUUUGCGUGACGGGUGCACUCUACUGCGCUGUCUGCGCUGUGUGAUCUCCGCGAAUGAUCAGUGGCGAUCGGACACAUGGGGAUUAAAGGCGAUGCAAGUGUUCCGUUCCAUCAGCUGAUGCACUCCCGGACCCGGGGGUGUCGGUGUACUCCCGAAAUCGCUUUGUGGAACGGUUUGAGCUGGCAAUUGUCUGAUGGUCGGCCCUACAGUUAAAAUUGUUUCGUACGACGUCGCAGCAGUCAUCGCAAUGAAUGUUCUCGAGUGACGAUGAAGUCCUUCGCCAUACUAUCGCCUUGCGAAAGCCG